CCCAGGCUGAUACCCAGGUGCCAGGUGAUCACCAGAACCCAGGUGGACACCAGGCCUCAGAUGAACAAGAACCAGAAGACCAUCAGGCCCCAGCUGGAUAUCAGUCCUCAGGCGAACACAAGGGCCCAAGUGGGACAUAGGCCCAGGGCAGACAUCAGGCCCUAGGUGGAAAUCAGGAGGACAUCCAGCCUCUGGUGAACAUCAGGCGUAGAUGUCUAAGCACGCCCUGGCUGGACAUAACUGUGUACAGGUAAGGAGUUGACCUGGGGGGAGGGUCAGCAGUCAGCAGCCCACUGGAGUCCUGAGUAGGUCUUAUGGAAGGAAGGGGCCGACGAGACGGAAUCCUAAAGAAGCUACCUCACUUCCUUGAUGACAGACCCAAACAGAACUUAGAACUCUUGUAACCAGGCGCCCAUAUCCUAGAGUCAGCCCCGUAGCCAGCUCACUUGGUGGGAGACACUCAAGAGAGCAAGAUGUUCUCAUGCUGCAUCCCUAUGAAUCGAGGCUCCUGCUUCAAAAAUGGUGGGAGUGAGAGCCUUUUCCGUCGCUGCCGACAAAGGCUCAUCCCUCACCCCAGGCAACUGUGGCCUUUUGGACACAGGCGCCCCCAGGUGCCACAGGGCAGUCCAGGGCAGACCCUCACAAGCCAGGUUUCACCAGAGAGCCCAUCGGGGUUGCAUCUGCAUAUUGUCCUUGUCCAGCUGGAGAUGCCGGAGCACAUGGAGGCAGAGGCACAUGGUGAGGUGGCCUGCAGUCUGGAAGACUUUUUGGGGGUAGUGUUUUGGGGCCGGAAUUCCUUUCAAUUCAGUGAAGUUGUUUCCACAUUGGUGACUCUUUCACCUUUUUCAGCUCCUGAAGUACGAGAACUUGAAAUACAAGAACUUCCAGUACCAGCUGUCCAGCCAGAGCCAACUCUAUCAGAGGAGCUCCCUGCAGAGACAUCACAGGAGCUAGAGGCAGCUCCACAGCCCUCCUGCCCCGACGCUGGGGCAGCCAAGGACCAUCCCAGCAAGGAGCUGCCUGACAGCCUGCCACCUGCUGUCACCACUGGCCUCAGAGAGGGGGUGGCCAGCGCGGCCCCAGCCAGCAGCUCCAAUACUGCCCCUAGUCCUGGGCACGCUGGGAGCCAUGGAGGCAGAAACCAGGGUGUGCAGCCUGGGCUCCUCUCCCUCGCUGGAGAGAGGCUUCUCUCAUUCAUAAGAGCCACAGUCCUGCUGCUGCAGGACCUCUUUCUUCUGCUGGUGCUGGUGGUAUCUAUCUGCAUGGAGGAGGCACCUAAGAUCAGGAAAAGCGGCCUGCGAGGAAGGGUUCCAGCAGCUCCUCCUCCUCCUGCCAGAGGGCCUCCUCCUCCAGGCAUGGAGGUCUCUCCGCAAUUGGGUAUCUGGCCUGUUUGCCCCUGAUGUCCUGCCCAGGGUGGCCUCUUUUUAACAGAUGGGCAGCGGGUGAGGGAACCAGGGGGCGGGUCCAAAAGCUACCGAAACUAAACCUUCCAAACUAUGUCCCGGGCUCUCCAUGCGGCCACCUGCCCUGGCUUAUAGUCAUAGUGUUAGAAUUAGCAGUUCAUGAAAUAAACUUUUAAAUAAAGUUUGGCUUUUGGAAACUUCAUGUC